AGACGUCUGCCUGAUUCCCAGCUGGAAAUGUCAAACGCCAAAGCGCCGCGGAUCCUUUUCCUGGGUGCGCUCUCGGGCACCGUAAGGGGGCAGCCGCGUGCCUUCGCGAGCUGCCAGCUACCCACCACCCUCGUUCUCGGUGGUUCGGAGGGGCCACCGCGGCAAGAAGCAAGGCCUCUUCCCGAGCGGCGGCCUUGCAACAUGUGGAGCCGGGGAAGAGCCUGCGCCUUCUCCGCAGCGCUGCUCCUCGUGGCCCGCCGACUAAGCAAAGGCUUGGGCCGGCGGAAAGAGGCCGCGGCGUGGUCCUUCCAAAGAGUCGCGGCGGUGGCGGCGGCGGCUUUUCCUCUCAGCCAGCCGGAUGCUCAUCUGCAUUUUUUAGACCAUGUUCUGACAAACAGAGUCAAGUGUAUUCAGCUUAUAUUUGAAAGAAGCACAGGAACUCUCAUAGACAAAAGCUCAUUAAAUGAAACCACCUAUGAAAAACUUGCUGAAGAAACACUGGAAUCAUUAACAGAUUUCUUUGAGGAUUUGGCAGACAAGCCGUUUACUUCUGAAGAUUAUGAUGUCUCCUUUGGGAAUGGAGUACUAACAAUAAAACUGGGUGGAAACAUGGGAACUUAUGUGAUCAAUAAGCAGACACCAAAUAAACAGAUAUGGCUCUCUUCUCCAAUCAGUGGCCCAAAACGUUAUGACUGGACUGGAAAAAAAUGGGUUUAUUCUCAUGAUGGCAUUUCUCUUCAUGAUCUAUUGUCAAAGGAACUUUCACUUGCAUUACAAAUUGAACUGGAUUUAUCAACUUUAACACAUGCUGGAAGAGAACAUAAUUCUUGAUAUCUAUCUAUAAAAAUCCAAAGACUUUGACCUGUUGCUUUCUUCCCCACCAUAUACUAGUUUUAAUAUGUUUGUCCAAAUUUAAAUUCUCAAAACAUUUGUUGUUGAAACCAAUUUUAUUAAGCACCGAUGGAAAAAAUAAUAUAUUUGUCUUUGACUUUA